CUCGAGCACGGCCGUAUUUACCGUCCGACUUGGGGAAAAAAAAAAAACUUGCUGUCAAAAAAAAAGAAGCACUAUUGCGAAAAUGUGUGGCGAAAAAUAAUGACAGCGGCGGCGGUUUCGGCGCUUUCCAAGCGAUACGAAAAACAUAACGUUAAUAUAAAUGUAUUAAAUAUAUAUAUGUAUGUAUCGUGACAAAAUAUAAAUAGCAACGGUUUUAUAUGCGCGUCGUUCAGGAGUCCCAACAUGCGCUAAUGUGUAGCUGCUUGUGAUAGUGGAAAAUUGCGUUUUUCUUAGUUUAGUAUCUUUUUCUAGCUUAACCAGAUUUUCAAAUGUGGCAGAAACGUGAGAAUACAUACGCGGUGUAAUGGCGAGUUAAUCUUCCAGUUAGCUUUUCCCCUCACAGUUCCCCCGCUGUCCAAACCCUGACAGCUGAGCUUGCUAAAUAGCUAGCCGAGGGCUUGUUUACCAUCAUGGACAGGGAGGCGUACCGUAACUGCAGCAGCCUGGUCAAAAUACCAAGGCAGUCAUAUGAACAGUUUUGGUCUUCGCAUUUUGUAGAUUACAUUGACAAGGAGCUUAGCUAUUCCAAGUUUUUCAAGAAGUAUCUGCUCCCCAAUCACCCUUGUAUGUUUUCAAGGAGAUUCACAGAGGAGUGGAAGUGUAGGAAACAGUGGGUGACUGAGGAUGGGAAACCUAAUUUCCAGAAAUUGCUGCAAGAGUUUGAUGAGUCUCCAGUCCCUGUUGCAAACUGCAAUGCGAAGGAGUACAAUGCCAACCCCAAACAAGUCAUGCCUUUUAAAGAAUUUAUACACUACUGGAGGGAAUACAUCUUGAAUGGACACUCAUCACCCAAAGGAUGCCUCUAUCUUAAAGACUGGCACAUGUCAAGGGACUUUCCAGAACAUAAUGUUUACACCACACCAGUGUUCUUUACUUCUGACUGGCUCAAUGAAUACUGGGACACCCUCGAAGUGGAUGACUACCGAUUUGUCUACAUGGGACCUAAAGGGUCAUGGACACCAUUCCACUCUGAUGUGUUCCGUUCAUACAGUUGGUCUGCAAACAUCUGUGGCAGGAAGAAGUGGCUCCUGUAUCCUCCAGGUCAGGAGGAGUUUUUACGAGACACUCACGGCAACCUCCCUUAUGAUGUUACGUCAGCUGAACUUCGAGACAGAAGCCUUUUUCCACACGCUGAAGAAGCCUGCCAACCUCUUGAAAUCAUUCAGGAGGCAGGAGAAAUCAUUUUUGUGCCUAGUGGUUGGCAUCAUCAAGUUUAUAACCUGGAGGACACCAUCUCUAUUAAUCAUAACUGGCUAAAUGGCUGCAACAUUGACAUCAUGUGGCAGUUUCUUCAGACUGAACUGUCAUCUGUUCAAAAAGAGAUAAAUGAGUGGAGAAACACGAUGGACUCGUGGCAUCAGCACUGCCAGGUAAUUAUGAAGGCUUGCUCCGGUAUCAAUUAUGGAGAAUUUGCCUCGUUUUUGAAAAUUAUUGCCAACAACAGAAUGGCUUUCCUUAACGCUUGCUCCUCUGGGGAUUCCUCUGAUUACUCACGUCAUCUCUCAGAGAUUCUCACCACGUUGGGACCUUACCAUGCGGCCUUUGACCUACAAAGGGUAGCUCAUAUAAUCGAAUGCCUCCUGUGCAAUGAAGACUUUAAGAGACUCGAUCACUCAACAUUGACUCUGCAGCCAGAAACAAUGUUACAGCAAAUUCGUGACACCAUACAGUCCACAAGAGGGCAGCAUCUCCUUUAUCAGGAGUAAUGUGUUCGGCCUCUCACCAUUGUUAUCGACUGGAAAUAGCUUGAAUGAAAAGUGCCCGUUUGCAAAAGUGCAAAAACAAAAAAAAGAUACAUCUGUUAUUGCAUCUUUGGGUUGAGAUGAACUGGAAUCUCAAAUAUUGUUUGUGAAUGUCUUGCAUUUGUUUUUGCACUGACAGAUUAAAUACAUUAAAAAAAAAA